AUGGCAAAAAGAAACACCAAGUUUCAUGGGUCUUUUCCAGAGCGAAAUGACGUUAUCGGGAUCAGGCAAGGCCACCGGGAUACAAAGUUCCACGGAGCUUCACCGUUUUUAAAUACGCUCCAAUCGAUACAGGAAUACCCGAUAGAUGCACAUAGUGGGGAUCAGUUAACUCAUCCAGUGCCUAUUAACAUAGCUCCUCAGUUAUCAGCACACAGUGUGGGCAAUACGACGACUCUAACAACUCUAACUAGCCUCUCUAGGGUAGAAGAGUCCUUACCAAAGAUCUUGGCCACUCAAGAAACCAAACUCGGAUAUGAGCAAGCUGGAUAUAAAGAUAUCAUUGAUCUUGGACCGAAAUACGGCCUUGUAGCUCGACAAACGCUCAAGAAAGCCAACGAAAGGGUGAUAGGAAUACUGAGGAAUGAAAGAAGCGAAUUCAUUGUGAAUAUAAUAUGGAGCGAACUUGAACACGUCAAGCCAUUGAUAUUUUAUGAAUUUAUGCACGUAAGCUUGCGAGCCAUGAGCAUAUACCAUCGGCCCUUUAAAGAUCGUGAGCUCGCAAUAAUAUUGAACAGCAUUGUGCAGGGCCUCAUUUUUAUACACGAGCGGCUUGGGAUCAGCUGCUACAACAUAGACUGUGGGAAUAUCCUACUCCAGUUGCUCUUUCGCGGAACCAUAGUUGAUGACAUCAAAAUCAAAAUUGGUAGGUACUUCGGCUUUACUGUUGUUAUUAUUAGAAAGCUAAGAUCUGCAGCGAACGUAGGAAUGGACGAAAGGUCUCUUUCAUACUAUGAACGAAAAGAUAUACAGAGUCUAGGUCUGGUAAUGACUGAGCUAAUGGAGCCAGAGACUUACAAUCUGAACCCUUUAUGCGCCAAAUUAGAGCAUCGUAAUGUUUGGAAUUCAUGUACUACAAAUUUUUUUGAUGCCACUCAAGCCGAGAGCUUGCGCACUUUGGAACAAGUGAGAGGAAGGAAUGUCUAUUCAAGAUUAUACACUAACUUUUGCAAAAAGCACCGAUUUUUAGAGCACCUAGAUAGUUCUACUGUUUUUAGCAUAUCUGCUCUAUCCGGAAUGGUAAAAGCAAUGAAAUCCUACGACCCGUAG